UAGAAAAUUGAAUUUAUCAAAAGCCGGUGUAUUGCGUUGUUUCAAGAUAUUUUUCUGAAGAUUUCAUAUUUUUUCGAAUUGAGAGUAUACAGAAUUUUUACAACAAGCCAUUAUGGAACUCACCGAUGACAAUUUGCUUACACUCAGUGAAUAUUUAAAGCAUACACUUAGUCCCGAUGUAAAUGUUAGACGGCCAGCCGAAAAAUUUUUAGAAUCAGUUGAAAUAAAUCAAAAUUAUCCGUUACUUCUUUUACAUCUUGUGGAUAAGUCUGAAAUCAAUAUAACUAUAAGAAUCGCUGGAGCAGUUGCAUUUAAAAAUUAUGUAAAACGUAAUUGGAAAGUGGGAGAAGACUCUGUAGAUCGUAUACAUGCACAAGAUAGGGAUGCUAUAAAAAAAUUAAUUGUUAAUCUAAUGCUGCAUUCUCCUGAUUCUGUUCAAAAACAGUUAUCUGAUGCUGUUUCAAUAGUUGGAAAGUAUGAUUUCCCAAAUAAAUGGCCAGAGCUUAUCGACCAAAUGGUUGAUAAAUUCAAUACAGGCGAUUUUCAUGUUAUCAAUGGUGUCUUACAUACAGCACAUUCAUUAUUUAAAAGAUAUAGAUAUGAAUUUAAAAGUCAGAGCCUAUGGACUGAGAUAAAAUUUGUAUUGGAUAGAUUUGCUAAACCUUUGACAGAUCUAUUUGUUGCUACAAUGAAUCUAAUGCAAGUACAUGCAAACAAUAUAGAUGCAUUGAAAGUUAUAUAUAGCUCUUUGGUAAUUUUAUCCAAGGUGUUCUACUCUCUUAAUUUCCAAGAUUUACCAGAAUUUUUUGAAGACAAUAUGGCUGUGUGGAUGAGGAAUUUUCAUAUUUUGUUGAAUACAAAUGUUCCCUCUCUGCAAUCUACUGACGAAGAAGAACCAGGAGUAAUUGAACAGUUAAAGUCGCAAGUUUGUGACAAUAUUGGCCUUUAUGCUCAGAAAUAUGAUGAAGAGUUUCAACCAUACUUACCUGAAUUUGUAACUGCUGUAUGGAAUUUACUAACAUCGACUGGGCAACAACCAAAAUAUGAUACUCUAGUUUCGAAUGCCUUGCAAUUUUUAGCAACAGUAGCUGACCGUGCUCAGUAUAGAAACUUGUUCGAAGAUCCAACCACUUUGAGUAAUAUUUGUGAAAAGGUUAUAAUACCUAAUAUGGAAUUUAGAGAGUCAGAUAAUGAAUUAUUUGAGGAUAAUCCUGAGGAAUAUAUCAGGCGAGAUAUUGAGGGUAGCGAUGUCGAUACACGAAGACGUGCUGCCUGUGAUUUAGUUAAAGUACUUUCUAAAUAUUUUGAAGCGAAAAUAAUGGAAAUUUUUGGUGCCUAUAUACAGGUGAUGUUACAAAAUUAUGCUGAUAAACCAGUUGAAAAUUGGCGCAGUAAGGAUGCUGCAAUUUAUCUAGUCACCAGUAGUGCAAGCAAAGCUCAAACACAAAAACAUGGUGUUACGCAGAGCAGUGAGCUUGUUUCAUUACCUCAAUUUGCAAUGCAACAUAUUGAACCGGAGUUAGUCAAACCAAAUGUGAAUGAAUUUUCUGUACUUAAAGCUGAUGCAAUUAAAUUUAUAAUGACCUUCAGAUCAAUAUUGCCAAGAGAAAUGAUAAUUGGUAGUUUACCACAAUUAAUUAGGCAUUUAAGUGCUUCAAAUAUCGUUGUUCACACAUAUGCUGCUUGCACGAUUGAAAAAAUACUCGCAAUGAAAGGACCCGAUAAUACACCUUUAGUUAAAGCAAAUGAUUUAUCACCAUUGACGUCGGAUUUAUUAAAGGGUCUAUUUGCAUGUUUAAAUACACCUGGCUCAGAAGAAAACGAAUAUGUAAUGAAAGCUAUCAUGAGAAGCUUCGGUGUUCUACAAGAGGUGAUUGUACCAUUCUUAGCAGAUCUUCUCCCAAAACUUACAGAAAAACUUUCUAUUGUAUCUAAAAAUCCAAGUCGUCCCAAUUUUAACCAUUAUCUCUUCGAAACAUUUGCUUUAUCAAUUAAAAUCGUUUGUAAAACACACAAGGUUGCAGUAUCGUCAUUUGAAGAAGCACUGUUCCCAAUUUUUCAAGAAAUCUUACAACAAGAUGUUUUAGAAUUUCUACCGUACGUUUUUCAAAUCCUUGCUUUACUUCUGGAACUACGAACGACACAGGAUAUGCCAGAAGCAUAUUUGGCUUUGUUCCCUUGUCUAUUAUCAUCCGUUUUAUUUGAACGCCAAGCUAAUAUUCACCCAUUAAAUCGAUUGUUAAGAGCUUUCAUUAGCCAUGGUGCACAUCAUAUCGUAGCACAAGAUAAGACAAAUGGUUUAUUAGGUGUAUUCCAAAAAUUGAUUGCCUCAAAGGCUAAUGAUCACGAAGGUUUCCUAUUAUUACAAAGUAUUAUUGAAUAUUUUGCACCGAAUGUAUUAGAACCAUAUAUGAAACAAAUUUUUGUACUAUUGUUCCAAAGACUUUCAUCUUCGAAAACGACAAAAUUUGUAAAGGGUCUAAUCGUAUUUUUUGCGUACUAUAUCAUUAGAUAUGGUUCAAAUAAUUUGGUUACAAUUAUAGAUCAAAUACAAUCUCGAAUGUUUGGUAUGGUUGUAGAACGCGUAUUAAUAGCAGAUAUGCAAAAAGUAUCAGGUGAUAUCGAACGAAAAGUAACUGCUGUGGGAAUGUCAAAUUUACUAAUUGAUUGCCCAAUGAUAUUAGAAAGGCCAUAUAAUACAUAUUAUCCCCGUUUAUUAGCAACAUUAGUAGAAUUUUUCGAAUUACCACAGGAUCAGACUACAUUAUCCGAAGAUAAUAUAUUCCCAGAAACUGAAGAUACGCCUGGGUAUCAAGUAGGGUAUAGUCAACUGCUUUGUGGAAAAAAUCCUCCAAAAGAUCCUCUGGAAGCUAUUGGCGACGUACGUUUACAUUUAGCACAAGGAUUAGCAAGAUUGUCACCAAGACAAUUACUUAGUAUUCUUGACCAAAUUCCAGAACCUAAUGCAAACCACCUGAGAGGCUACCUUCAAACGGUUGGCAUUACCGUUGCAUAAUACGAGCUAGAUGUCCGAGAUAGACUAAAAAUUCAUCUGAUUGCUCGGAAAAUAAACAACAUUGAACUAAAUAAAUUGUAACAAAGAGGCGAAAGAGGUUGUUUUCCGGCAUUUAUAUCAUGAACAUUUGCGAGACUGAACAUCGUCUAUCGUUUAUCUAUCAUGUAAUUGAACAUUUCAACAAUUAUUUAUCAUUUUCAUGUGAUAUAUUGUACGGAGUCUAUGACACUAAAAAUGAUUAAAAAAAGGAAAAUAUGCUAAAACUUUAGCACAAAAACCAUUAAAAAUAAUCAGCUGCUGAGUAUUAUUUGUAUGUGGAAACAUUCCUGAGGAAUUACUUAAAUCAGUUCACAUUUUGUACAAUAACAAGGACGACAAGCGCGUCUUUUUAAAUUAACUGGUCUCUUGUUUAAAAAAUACGUGAAUGUCUAAUUAAAUGAUACUGUAUCGACUAAUGGCCUGUGAGUAAAUUAAUUGUUGAAUACUUUUUAACUUAGAUAUACAAUUUUUAUGGUUAUUAUCUCUGUAAAGAUUGUUGAACAAAAAUUUUAAUCGCAUUUUGUAUUUUAAACGAAUUCGUUUCUAUCUUCGUUCCCUAUCAUUAACAAUCAUAGAGUAAAACAUCGACUUGUAAGUCUUCCAUAAGUAAUGUAUGACAUUGUAAUAUACUUAUAGGAAAUGUAUAACUAUAAAAGAAUGAAAUGAAAUAACUUCACAGUGAUGAAAUUAUCUUACGUUUUAUCAAAAGAUAUUGCAAACAUCUUAUUUACUAACUUUUUUAAUAAAAUAAAAUCCCAGUGUUGGAUUUUUUAUGUUGAUAAAAGUAAAUCUUUUUAGGCCAUUUAUGCAAUAAUAGCAACAAUAAAGUAAGGCAAUAUCGAGCAUUAUACAGUGGAGAAAUCGACAAAGGGGCGACUGUGUGAAAAAAUUGAAAAUGUUGAAUAAAAUUUCUUUAUAUAAAGUUUCAUUUACAAGAAAACAGUUCGAAAAUUUAUCACGUAUAUUUGAACUUAUCUAGUUCUGAACUAAACAGGAGUGAAUAGACGACAGGAAAUUAUUCUGCAUGUAAAAACAAGCCGCAAAUGUAAAAUAAAAUUUUGUCAUAAGACGCUUCAUUUUUAAGAAAAUUAAAUUUGAAAAUUUAUCGAAUACGUAUGUAUCGGGCCCAUUCUUAAAUAAAAAUAUUCAAACUCUA